CAAGACAGGGAGAUGAAAUGAUACGCAAUUGGGUUGCAGAAAUCAGAGACAUUGCUUAUGAUGCAGAAGAUGUACUCGAGAUUUAUGCCCUCAAAGCGGUAGAAUCCAGGAGAAGUUCUUCAUCUAGAUAUGCCUUCUUAAAAUGUUCCUUUCUUUUGGGCAAGUGGAAUAAUAUAAAAUUGCUCUGCAAGGUUGGAUCAGAAAUUGAGGGUCUCACAGCCAGGCUUAAUAUAUUAACCGCAAGGCUACCAACUUAUGGCUUAAAGGAAAUCAAGGAAAGAGAGAGGCCACCAAGCUCUCCAGAAAAUUGGUUCAUUAAUCGGCGGACUUAUUCUCACAAGAUUGAACAAAAUGUUGUUGGGUUGGAGGAAGAUACAAAUUUCUUGUUGACACAACUUGUACGUACUGACUGUCGAGUUGUGGCGAUAUGUGGGAUGGGCGGCUUGGGAAAGACAACUCUGGCUAAGAAGGUUUACCAUCAAUGUAAAGUUGGGCGCCAUUUUGAGUUCUUCAUUUGGGUAUUCGUGUCUCAGCAAUGGCAACAAAGGAACAUUUGGGAGACAUUUCUAUACGAGCUUCUUUCCCCUUCUAAAGAGCGGUUAGGAGAUGGGCAGAUGGAGAAAGAGUUCAAAGAAAAAUGGAAAGAGAUUCAGAAAAUGAACAAUGAUGCUGUGGCCAAAAUGCUCCACGAAGAACUACAAAAGUCGAAAUGUCUAGUGGUACUUGAUGACAUAUGGGACAAUAUUGUCUGGGACGCAUUAAAACCUGGCUUCCCAACGGAGGAGACUAGUACCAAAUUUAUGAUCACCACCCGCAAUAGGAACUUGGUGCAUCGUGUGGAUCCAAACGUGUUCAUCCAUGAACCAAGAUGUCUGAAUGAUGAAGAUAGUUGGGAACUAUUUGAAAAGACUGCAAUACCGAAACUAAACAUCAAUCCAGCAGCUUUUGUUCGUGAUGCAUGGAUGUAUAUUACUGGCAACUCCUUACUAAUAACGAUUGCUUCUUUUAUUUUUGUUAUCCUUUGCAAAUUGAAACAACCACAUUUUUCUUAUCUUCCUUCAGCCUACAGAGUUAAGGCGAGCUUGGAAAAGCUAGGGAGGGAAAUGGUAAAACAUUGUAGGGGUCUGCCACUGGCCAUCGUUGUCCUCGGAGGUCUUUUAUCAAGUAAAAGAACGUACGAUGAAUGGGAUACGAUACAUCAAUGUAUCAAGUCAUACUUAAAGAGAGAAGAUUUCGGAAUUUUUCAGCUUCUGGCUUUAAGCUAUGAUGAUUUACUGUUUGAGCUGAAGCCGUGUUUCCUUUAUUUAGGUGUGCUUCCGGAAGAUUUUCAGAUAUCCAGAGAUAGGUUGAUUAAUCUAUGGGUGGCUGAGGGUAUUAUAUUACAGCCAAGAAAAGAGAGGGAAAGUGAGGAAUCAUUGGAAGAUGUUGCAUAUCGUUACUUGACAGAGUUGACGGAGAGGUACAUGGUUAAUGUGGAAAGAAGAGAUCCGUCCGGAAGAAUCAAAAGAUGCCAAAUGCACGAUCUUAUGAGGGAGUUUUGUUUGUCCAAGGCUGAAGAGGAAAAUUUCUUUCAAGUUCUACCAUGCUACGGGGCUAGAGAGAAGAGUUUGAAUAUUUCUUCUUCUUCAACCAAAGAGAAAGGCAGAGUUCGACGACUUUCUUUGCAUUUAAAUAAUUUUCCGGGAGACAUUGCCCUGCAAUGUGAAGAAUCCCCAUUCAGGUCUGUUAUAGGUUUCUCCUUAGAUCGAUACAGUGGAAUAAGCCAGACACUUAUUGAAACCUUCGUUCGCAAAUUCAAAUUGCUUAGAAUCCUAGAUCUCGAAGGAGUUAAGGGUUUUGGAAUACCUGAAACAAUAGGAAAGUUAAUUCACUUGAGACUCCUGAAUUUGAGGUCUGCUUGGAUCGGAAAUCUUCCUCCGUCUAUAGGCAACUUGAGUUGCUUGUUGACCUUAAGAUUAGAUCCUUUUGAGUCAGCAACAACCAUACCAGAUGUUUUGUGGAAGUUGAAAAGAUUGAGGCAUCUAUAUCUUCCUCCCUGGUAUGGAAGCGGCACAGAAAGGUUGCAAUUUGCGGAUCUGAGCGACCUAAGGACACUGGUAAAUUUUCAAACAUGUAAUGCUGAAGUAGAAGAUCUGAUCAGAUUGACCAAUCUUAGGAAAUUGAAGAUAGUGAUAUUUGAUGAGAUCUCACAAAGGAGGUUUAAAAGAAUCUUCGAAUCCCCAACCAUCACAUUCAACUACCUUCGUGAUUUUUCGAUAGAGUUGGCAAUUUCAUUACUUUCAGACAGUCAAGAUAUAGACAAUAUUAAAUCACGUUGUCCUCGUCUUCAGAGGCUGAAAUUAAAUGGGAAAGUAGUUUACCAGAAGACGCCUGAUGUCUUCAGAAUUGAGGAAGAAUAG